AUGGCCUCCGGGUCGGUUACAGUGCCGCCAGGCGAGGCAGCUGCGCCCCUCAACUUUAUCUACGCGUGUUCCGUUUGUUGCUACACGCUCGCCGACGUAUACGAGGGUCACGAUGAAACGGUCGGUGGCUUUUCGGACGGAAUCAACCCCAGGGACCGCAUAGUCACGCACUUGUACCUCGCGAGCUGCUGUCACGUCUUUUGCGCCAGCCAUUUGGAGAGUGGAGCACCCCAAUUCCACCCCGAAGGACAACGUCCGAAAGCUGCAUGUCCCACUUGCGUCAAAGAGAAGAACGACAGCACUGUGCGCGAUCUGUACUCCAUCCGGGGUUUCCAGAAUGAUGAGCACGACCCAAUGAUUCCGCCAGCCUGGUUCAUUGCGCCGCCAAUGAGCUUCGAGGGCAGUGGGAAGGAAAUUGAGGCGCUCAGGACUAACGAUCGACAGUUCCAAUAUCUGGCUCUCAUCCGCUAUAGUCAAAACACUUACUCCAUGCGUAAGCCGCAGCAAAUCGCACUAGCAGAGACGGAGAACAAGCUGGUUGCUAUGCAGGACCUCGCAUCGAAGGAGCACGCCAAAGUCCUCACCCUGCAACAGGAGAAUGAGCGGUUGCAGGCUGUGGAACGGGAGUCAAACAACCUGGAAGCCGAAGUAGAGCGCCUGCGAGAUGUUGACCGAGAGGUUGAGCAGUAUCGUCGACUGGAUGUCAGUCCCAAAGAUUUGGAGACCUUUAAGAACAACAAAGACGCUAUCCGCCACUACCUCAAAUUGGUGCCUACUCUGAUCGAGCAAAACGACAAGAUGAGAGAGCGUCUAGCGUCAGUCGGCUUUGCCAUGCAACUCGAGCCAGUUCCGAAUCUCAAGAGAUUUGACCUAGAUCUCAUCAACGAUGACGGGGGCAUUAAUGGCGAUUAUUACGGCACCUCCGGUACGACACUUCGCAAGAAGACGACCUCAAGUCACACAGCUGGCAGGUCUGCACACACCUCGGGUGACGUGGUGGUCGCCCCAUCAAGCCCAUUCAUGCAGCGUCCGUCCAAGCGACAACGGAUCGAGUCGCCUCUUCCGAACAAUAUGCAGAUUGACCCGCCGAGCAGUCGAGACGCUAUGCCCCCUCCAAGCAAGGCAGCCUCGCGGAUGCGGUCUGUUCGCAAAAUGUUCCCGACACUGAGGAAGAAAUUCAGCAGUGGGCGCUCCACGCAAGCAUCAGAAUAUGACAUCCAUAGUGGUGAAGACGUUCACAUGGAUGAAGACAGACAGUGGGACGACCCAACAUAUGGCUCAAACGGCAGUAUCAUCAUCGUGACGGAACUCCGUACAUGA